AUGUGGUUUUUUCUAUCUUUCUGUUAUUUUCUGCGGCAUCUUUCUUCUCACUUUGUUUUGUUUUUCGUUAACCCUACUUUCUGUUCCUUUGUAAUAGUGGUAUGA